AUGGAUACCAACAUUGAUUACGCGUACCCGCAAGACGAUGGGGUGGAUGCCCAACACGUGCCUAACGACACAGACCAGGCGUAUCAGCGCAGCGUGCUGAAGGCCGGCAACGGGGUUAAUGAGGGCGACGAGGAAGAAGAGGAGGAGGAGGAGGCCGUGGAGGACGAAGAAGAGGGCGAUUUUGGGUCGCCAUCGGGGGCUUUUGCCAACGUUGGCCAGGGCCUCACCGGCAAGUACAAGAACAUACUCAUGCAAUACUGGCAGGAAACGAUAAAUUCUAUAGAGCACGAUGAUCAUGACUUCAAGACUCACCAGCUGCCGCUUGCACGGAUCAAAAAAGUGAUGAAAACGGAUGAAGAGGUGAAGAUGAUCUCUGCCGAGGCCCCCAUACUGUUCGCCAAAGGGUGUGAUAUUUUCAUUACUGAGCUCACGAUGAGGGCGUGGAUUCACGCCGAGGAGAACAAGAGAAGGACGCUGCAAAAGUCCGAUAUUGCCGCUGCGUUGUCGAAGUCUGACAUGUUUGACUUUCUGAUUGACAUUGUUCCUCGUGAGGAAGACAAGUUCUCGAAGCAGUCCACCCAGCAGCCUGGCCAACAGACACAGCAGAUGCCUCCACAACAGCACCUUCAGGAUACGACGCAGCACAAGCUGACGGACCAGACAAUAGACUAUUCUCAGUAUGGCAACCAGGACACUCUGUUGCAGAGCCAUCUGCUAAAUGGCACGGACUACACGAACGGCAGGCCCCAGGAGUUAUACCAGCAUGAUCGGUUCUAG